AUACAUGUGACUGAUAAUUAAAGAAUGAUACUGAUAAACCGUAACGUAUACUUUAGUGAUUACAGUACACCAGCGGUAGUGCUAUUCGGUUGAUUCCUUGUCCAGUGCCUCAGUUUGUAGUCUGGUUCUAUUCCCAUUUUAUUUAUUUUUAUUUUUUAUUAUAAAAUAAAAAUUUACAAUGCCACCCUCAUUACUAAGUUAUGAAACUUUGGUUCAUGCUUUAGCAGGAGCAACGGGUAGUGUUGUUGGCAUGGCAGCUUUUUAUCCAUUGGAUACGUUAAGAUCAAGAUUGCAAGUUGACAAUGAUUUAAAAAUGAAAGGCUCAUCAUGGGAGUUACUAGUGCGGCUAGCCAACGAAGAAGGUAUUGAGGCAUUGUACCGUGGCCUUUCGCCUGUGUUGCAAUCAGUUUCAGUUUCAAAUUUUGUUUAUUUUUAUUGUUUUCAUGCAUUGCGCAGACUUCAUACUACAGAAGUAACUGCAGUAAAAGAUUUAUUAGUUGGUUCUGUUGCUGGUGUUAUAAAUGUACUUCUAACAUCUCCACUUUGGACUGUUAACAUGAGAAUGAAGGUGGAAAAGAAUAAAUAUGAUAGCUUAAUAAAAGGCCUUAUUGAAAUAUCUAAAAAAGAAGGAGCAAAGGGAUUGUGGUCUGGUGUUUUACCAUCCUUGCUAUUGGUGUCAAAUCCAGCCAUCCAAUUUAUGGUGUAUGAAUAUUUAAAGAGACAUGUAAUAGCUAGAGGUAAGUUUAAUGCUUACUCAGGAUUUUUAAUAGCUGCAGUUGCAAAAGCUGUAGCCACAAGUUUGACCUAUCCACUUCAACUUGUACAGUCAAGGCUUCGUGCUGGUACUAGUUUAAAACCUUUAUGGAGAGAUGUAAAAUCAAAACCAUCAGUAAUGUUUCGAGGACUGGAAGCAAAAUUAUUACAAACAGUCAUGACAGCUGCUUUAAUGUUUUUCAUUUAUGAAAGACUUGUUCGUUUAGUGUUACUCAUAAUGAGAGUUCAAUCACAGCGUAAAUGAAGGCUGAAUUACUUUAUGAUAUAAUCUGUUAUACCUACUAAUAUAAAUUUUGUGCUACAAUAAUUUAAACUACAGUAUAAAAGAACCUGGAACCUUGAGAUAGUGUGUAAUUUCUAUUACAUAAAGAAAAUCUGUGAUGGUUCUAUGUGAUAAUAAAAGUAUUUAUUAUUUAUGUGAAUAA